CCUCCCUCCCUCUCCCCUUGUCAGCCCGGACUCUCCCUCCCGGCGGUUGUUGUUCCGCGGCGGCAGUGGCAGGAGCAGCAGCAGCGGCGGCGGCGGCGGUAGCAGCUCCCUUCCCUCCGCCGAGGAGCCGGCUGGGCCUGGCGGGGCUUCCCCCCCGCCGGCCCCCGCCUCGCCUCGGGCCCGUCUGCGGCGAUGGAGCUGGAGGUGCCGGACGAGGCGGAGAGAGCCGAGGCGGGGGCCGUCCCUCUGGAGGCGGGAUGGACUUUGGAGAGCGGGGCGGCGGCGCCCUCGGCGACAGGUCUGGUGACACAGAAGAAGUCAACUGUAAGCGAGUCUCCAAUGUUGCCUGGACAAUCCAGUGGACAUGGGAAGAAGCUAGGUCAUCGGGGAGUUGAUGCUUCUGGAGAAACCACCUACAAAAAGACCACCUCCUCUACUCUUCGGGGGGCCAUCCAGUUGGGAAUUGGCUACACUGUAGGCAACCUGAGCUCCAAACCAGAGAGAGAUGUCCUCAUGCAGGAUUUUUAUGUGGUGGAGAGCAUCUUUUUCCCCAGCGAAGGAAGUAACCUCACUCCUGCUCAUCACUACGCCGACUUCAGAUUCAAAACCUAUGCACCUGUGGCUUUUCGGUAUUUCCGAGAGCUCUUUGGUAUUCGUCCUGAUGACUAUUUGUAUUCCUUGUGCAAUGAACCACUGAUUGAACUUUCCAACCCAGGUGCCAGUGGCUCCCUUUUUUAUGUCACUAGUGAUGAUGAAUUCAUCAUUAAGACUGUGAUGCACAAGGAAGCAGAGUUCCUGCAGAAGCUGCUUCCUGGCUAUUACAUGAAUUUAAACCAGAAUCCCCGGACCCUGCUGCCUAAAUUUUAUGGGCUAUACUGUGUUCAGUCUGGAGGGAAGAACAUACGGGUGGUGGUAAUGAACAACAUCCUUCCUCGCUUAGUAAAGAUGCACCUUAAGUUUGACUUAAAGGGCUCUACAUACAAGCGACGGGCAAGCAAGAAAGAAAAGGAGAAGUCCAUCCCCACCUAUAAGGACCUGGACUUCAUUCAGGAUAUGCCUGAAGGGCUGAUGUUGGAUGCUGACACUUUCAGUGCACUGGUGAAAACUCUUCAGAGAGACUGUUUGGUAUUGGAGAGCUUUAAAAUCAUGGACUACAGCCUGCUGCUGGGGGUACAUAACAUUGACCAGCAGGAACGGGAAAGGCAGACUGAGGGAGACCAGAGCACAUCAGAUGAGAAACGUCCAGUUGGCCAGAAGGCACUCUACUCUACAGCUAUGGAAUCUAUCCAGGGUGGGGCCGCCCGGGGGGAAUCUAUAGAAACUGAUGACACGAUGGGUGGGAUCCCAGCAGUGAAUGGCCGCGGGGAGCGUCUACUACUACAUAUAGGAAUAAUUGACAUCCUGCAAUCUUACAGAUUCAUCAAGAAGCUGGAACACACAUGGAAGGCUCUUGUCCAUGAUGGGGACACUGUCUCUGUGCACCGCCCCAGCUUUUAUGCUGAGAGAUUUUUCAAGUUCAUGAGCAACACCGUCUUUCGGAAGAACUCCUCUCUGAAAUCAUCACCAUCCAAGAAGGGUAGAACCACCUUGCUGGCAGCCAAGACUUCUGGACCAACUGCUGCCUUCUCUGCUAGCCAGCUUCCUAAUGAGAGGGAGGAAACACAAUAUGACUUACGUGGAGCCCGCAGUUAUCCCACGCUGGAAGACGAAGGCAGACCUGACCUAUUGCCCUGUACUCCUCCAUCAUUUGAAGAAGCAACUACAGCCUCCAUAGCUACAACUUUGUCAUCUACAUCCCUCUCUAUCCCUGAGCGAUCUCCUUCUGAGACCUCUGAGCAUCCUCGAUACAGGCGCCGCACACACUCCUCUGGUCAUGAUACCCGAUCCCAUGAUGAGGUCCAUGUGGAAGAGGAUCUCCAGCAGAUCACCGUUGAAGUUGAACCCAAAUGUUGUGUUGAUGGCAUCGCUCCCAAAGAAGAGGCUAAAGGGGAAGAGGCUUCUUCUGCCUGCAUUAUGGUCACCCCCCCGACCACCGUGGAAGUGGAAACCACCAGCCAGGCCUCAGAGCCAGCCAGCCAGGCCUCAGAUGAAGACGAGGCACCUGUCACAGACAUCUAUUUUUUCACGGAUGGGAGGUACUGGAUUUACUCUCCCCGCCAUCGCCGACUCCGGUCCAUCGAGCUGUCCCCCUCCAAGACUAUGAACAUUUUAAAGGAUAAGCAGCUUCGCCCAAGUCAAUAAAUUUGCAACAGGACAUAAGAAGAGGAGCUGCUAGUCUAGAGUAAUUUCUAUGCAGAUGUGAGGCCUGAAGCCAAGCCUAGUCCCCUCUCCAGGUUGCCGUGUUACCCUUGUGUUGAUAUCCUGCCCAUCAGGGCUGGCCAUGAGGGAAUUUGCCGACUCGCUGCAGCACAGGACCUCCUCCUCCAACACGCAUCCCACUGGAACCCUGCCUGAGCCUCCUGUCCUUGUCCUUUCUUCCCACUGACCAACUCAACCGUGACCAUCCUGGGACCAAUGGCAACUGACUGAAAAGACUCAACUCCCUAGCCCAGAGUGCCCAGAAGAGAAGAAAUCAGUGGGGUGAAAUCGAAGUGAAGGCAGUUUCCCCCUGGGCAUUCCUGUAAACUACCUAUGAGUGUGUGAUACUGUGAACCUUUUUAAUUUUUAAAUCAUGUAUUUAUUUUGGGUCUUGAAUCUUUGCACACAGACACAGCAGCACAAAUGUGCUUUUUUUAAAAAUCUGAUUAAUUGCACUUUCAGUUCUUCUCUGUACUACAUGUAUAUCAUGAGAUCACGUGAAACCUCACUGGAGUUCUUGAGAGGGCAAUUCUCCUUGGCUUUGUGGGUGGGCUGGGUGUGGGUUUCAGUAUGUGUUUGACCAGGGGAAAGACAGGGUCCCCUGUGUGGCACCUCCAUCUGAAAUCUGUACUCCCAACCUCUGGACUUCCGAGUUGCCAGUGACCUGUAAAGUGAGUUGAGUCAUUGACAUAGAAAAGAGGGAAGGAAUUGUUAUUGUCUUUUCCUCAUCUUUACAGCAUCACACCCCCUUCCUCAUCUUCCUCAGCAUUCUGAAAAUGCUGUGUAUCAAGACAUUGUUGUCCUAUCUUUGUAUGGAUUGUUUAGCCCCUAUUGGAGCUCCUUGAUUCACCCUCUGCAUGGCAUGGGCCUUUUAACAGGCACCCUGAAAAAGGAAUUCUCCCCUCAUUUCUGUGAUGUGCCCUGGGCCCAGUGUGCAAAUAAUUGCUGGCCAGUCUCUGGGACUCGAGUCUGAAUGUCACACCAAUGCCCCCAGCUUCACAUGGAAAGAAGAAACUCAUCCUCUCUGAAUAUGUGCGCAAAACAAUCAGCAAGUCAACCACCAACUUCCAUUCAUAUCCUUUGGACAGAUUCUCAUUUUUGAAGACCUUGCUGACUCCUGUUCUUGUCUUGCGGUAGCAUGGGGAAUAUAGAGAAAGCACUGUUUCUAUUGUUGCAAAAGAGGUUUUGACAUCAUGUCCUCCAGAAUGACAGUGUGUUUCCCUGCUUUAUAGAAGUGGGAGUCUGACACGAGAUAAAUGCCUUGAUCUGAAGGUAAGGACUCAGCUUUGGCCGAAGGUCUUGGUAGCCAUGGGGUAUGGCAAGGUUAAGAGCCCUGCCUUUAGAUUUGGAAAUGGAUUUAUACCCCCUUUUUCUUCCUGCAGAUUUGGUUCCACUGGCCAGAAGGGAAACAUUUUGACAUCACCUACUGGCUCAAAGAUCACGAUUUUUGAAAGUGCUGCUCUUGAAAUAUUGAUGUGUUCUACCUGGUGCUCCUGAGGUGUGGCAUUCCCUAAGGGACUGACCAAGGGCUCAGAAAGUCCUCAUGUCUCCCUCACCUCUUUAUGGCCCAAAGUGGCUACCCCUCUGAGAGGUAUGGAGCCUAUUCCUUUUAUGCAGAGCUAAGAAUUAUGGACUUCAUAAUAUAAAUAUGACAUUAUUUAGAUUCCAGAAGAAACAAAAGUCAGUGUUUGGGAAUUUUUUCCAUUAGAUGUUAAAGCAAUGGCUUCAAUCAAAAUUUAAGCCACUCUGGAAGGGAAAAGGAUGGGCAGCAGCAAGGAAAUCAGACCAUUGUGCACAAGAGAUUUGUUAGGGCAAUUUGUAACUAAAUCAAGGCAUAAUUGUUGAAAUGACUGUAUAAGUCAGCAGCAAGCAGGGUUUUAAUCCACUUUGCUAUUCAGGAACUUCCAGAUACAGCUUUUCACCCCUAAUACAACCCUAAGAACCCUUUCUACUCCACCACCUUUCCAACCAAUUCUAUGUAUGUCUCUGGCAAGCAAAUCAAAUUAAUAUCAUUUAUUAAGGACUGACCUCAAAAGCAUUAGCCAGAGCAUAUGCAAGGUUCCAUGACUAACCUAUGUGAUUACCUCAGCAGCCAGUCCUGUCAGGGAGGGAAGCAAAGGAUCCAUUAUUGAUCUAGGAGAUUAAGCUCUUCCCUGCUUUGAGAUUCUUUGUCUAUAGAAACAUCAUUUAAACUAAGGGUUAAACUAAUGAGUGGUUUUGUUAUUUUUGAUGAGGGGGAGGGAAGGGAGUUAAAAAAAAAAAAACUAUUACCACAUAGAUUAAAGAAAACAGAGGCCAUUCUUUGGAAAAGGGGGCACUGCCAGCCACAAAUAAGGAAACAUCUAAUAGUGCAACAACAUUAAUUACAUUUUUUCCCAGUUCCUACAUUAGAGUUGUUAGAAAUAUGAAAUUCCAUAUUAGAAUCCAGGUUUAAAAGGAGCUGAUUUGAUAAAUCCUUCUUACCAACCUUCAAUUCCCCUUUCCACCUAUUGAAGAAUUUUCUGUAUAUGUAUUUAUGAGGUUUUUAAUUUUCUCUUAGCUUCUUUUUACCUACACUACACAAUUUCAUUGCAUUAAUCAGGAAUAUCUUGUGUAGAAAUUAGCCCAAAAGACAAAAAAAAAAAAUAUUGUGGAAUGAACAUUUUCAGGCUGAAGAUAGUGUCCUUACAAAAGAGAGAGGCCAGGAGGUGUGGUUACCCUUUUUCUGGUCUCUGGAGAUUUUUUAUUCUUAGUCCUGUCAUAAUUUGCAAAAUCAGGUUUAAUGACUUGUGAAAAUUGUAAGGCAUCUCCUUCUUUGUUGUUUUCCCUCUCCUUUUCCUCCACACCUAUUACUCUCCACAAUGCCCUCAAUACCCAGAGUUAUCAUUAAAAUCUGGUCCCAUCACUCCUCACCAUAUAUACAGUACCCAGUAAGAGGACUCAAAUCUAAAUCCUUAUUCCAACCCUUUUUGGAGGUGGAUUUAAAUGUAAAUCUCUAUUCCUCUUCCACCCACCCCCAGCUGUUAUAUUAUCCCAAGAAACUGAUCUUCGCUUAUGUUCAGAGUUACAAAGUGAGAAAAGGGACCUGUGCAUUGUAGUGAUUCCUCAAACCAUCAUGGAAUGUCGGUAAUAGUAUAAGUAAUAGUGGAAGGGCAAGAAAUCAGAACUGGGGCUGGGAGGAGGAGGAAGGGGUGGGGAGGGCAGAAAAAGAAAGGAGCUUACAUUGAAGUGGAAACAACACUCAGUUUAAACCUUUGAAAUUUUCUGCUGCAAGAGUGAGAGAGGUGAACUCUUGAGAACAAGCUUGUGUCUCUGGGUUCCAGGGCCGCUGAAAGUCCUGCUUUUGGGUUAUCUCUGAUGGACCCUCUCUACCAUUUGCGUAGUUACCUCUGUUACAAGAAAAACCAACUGACCUCAUUUUGUGCCUGGAAGCUUAUUUUGAGUUCUGUUGAGUACUGUGUGUACAUAAGCUUAUUUUCCAUCCCUCUCCACCACAGGAGACCUUGGUGAUAUGAGGUGGGGUGGGGUGGGGUGGAGAAGCUAGCUGAUUUGCAUCUACUAUUCUUUAAUCUGCAUUCAGGAAGGAAAAAGGUCUUUCAUCCUGCUUUCUGGCAAAAGGUGGGCCUUGGCCCACUUGCAGGUAAUGGGUUGUUGGGCAUCUUGUACUGCAAAUGGUGCAUAUGGGGUUCAGACCCCUGGAGGCUCUGAAGAGCUGGGCACUUGGAUCAGCACAAAUAGGAAUGUUGCACCCUGAUUUAAUGUGUCCCACAAGGGUCUUUUGUAUACCCUGGAAAACACCACAUCUGUCAGAGAUUGAACAAAAUGUUACUGAAUCCCCACUAAGGGCAUUUGUCAUUAUGACAAGUGUAAUGGUUCCUUCUGAUGAGUACCCAUUCAGCAAACACAAGUAGGUGGCAGAAGGCAUCUGCAGCAGGCCAAGAUACAGCCCGGGCCAGACUUCCUAUUGAUGGGCUACUGUUUGAGGCCAAUGAACCACUAAAGCAGUAUUCCCCAAAGAGCAGCCCCAAGUGGAUACUCUAAACAUCUCAGUAGUUGAACGCCUCAUCCCAGCCCUACAAAGUUCAUUUUUUCCCCACAGAAUGGAGUCAUCCACAAGGAGGUGACGAAUCCUGAUUGUGUUAUGUGUCACAACUCAGAGUGGCCCCAGUUUUCCCUCUUCUCCCCCCCAUUCCCCCCACCCAUGACACACUGAAAUGAUUUGUUGCAUUUUUGCCUCCACUCUGUGCUGUUGGGCUUACCAAGAAGGAGAAUACAAGAGUUCUUGAGGCAGGGGAGGAAAGGGGAUGAUAAUGGACCAAGACACGAUUUCUCAUCCUGGGACCCUCUCCAAGGACUCAGAACAGCCAUUUUGCCCCCACCUUCACUUGUCUUUAAAUUCCCUGUAGUCCUGUCUUCCUUCCUCAGAAAAGCAAAACCCUGCACUCAGGCCUACCAGGUUGCUUCUGAUUCUGGAAGUCUCCAGUUGACACAAGAAUAAAAAUACCUGCAGUCCAUGUUAUUUCUUGAGUCUUACUCUAUAAGAGUAUCAUGUUACAAUUGUAUGUAAGUAAGUAUGUAGUUUAUGAUAUAUGGGGGGAGGGGGAAGGGAUAGAAAAAAAUCCAAACUUCUGUUGAUAGUCAUGUUUCUAUUUUUUGCUUUAAGAUAUGAAGUCCCUUUUUUGAAGUCCUUUUUCCCCCCAAAGAGCUGUAAAUUGAUGCUAAUUGUUCUUUUCUAAAUUGGCGGCAUUAACUAAGUCUUCAUUGAGGAGAGGGAAAAAAGGCAAAACCUAUUUAUAAUGGCUAGUGAAUGAAUUGCCUUACCCCACUGAGGAUGACUCCUGACAACCCAGUUGUUCUCCUUUGAGCGUAAAACUGUAUAUACUCUACUGAAUGACAUGCUCCCUCUCACCUGUCUUGUCUCCAGUGGCUGCUAUUGCUAAGAAAGUGGAUGGUGUUUGAAUUCUUGUACUGUACAAAAGGCAUUUCUCUGAUAUCAUUUAGGCCGCAGUCCUUCUCCUCAGAACCAUCCUGAACCUAGACACACACUCCCUCUCACCCACCCACCCCCCCAUUUUAGCUAAUGCAAUACAUGUGGUCACUGAUGGAACCUCUUCCACUCUACUGUUUGUCACUGCAGACUUGCAGCUUGUGUCCUGCUCACCCCCUGGGUUACUCCUGUUUGUUGUCUCUACAGUAGCUCCUUGUUGGCCUUCUGGUGGCAAAAUUGCUUCGAUGUCUGAUUGAUCCAGUCUCACAGCGUAACUGAUUUAAACAAACAAAAAAAAAACCUUGUGUGUCUUAAUCCUCAAAGAGGGAUCCCCUGUACUCAAUUCCUGUUUUGUCUGGUAUUUGACAAUCGAGGCAUGGCCUCCUCUUUGACGAUGUCUCUCGAACUCAGAAUUUUUCUGUAGACCCUUGCCACCACUGCUGACACAGAAUAACACUUGUAUGCAAACCCCUCGUCCUGACCUCUCCCCACCUCUUUUUACUUUGAAAAGGUGAUCUCUAAUAAAUAAGGUGACAAAGCA